GUUGGUGAGUUUUUCCCAUUAUGGCGGAGGGGCCAGCCGUGCGGAUGGACUGUCUCUCCCACUCUGAUGCUUGUUUUGUGUCUUGAGGGAGGGCGUUUUAUUUCUAUUUUUUUUACAUUUACCCACAACGGCCUGGUUCCUUUUCAACUAGACUACACUUGUGUUUAUCGGCGAAGUCAUGGCAGACCGCAGCGUGGAUUUGUCCGCCCUGCCAAAAGAGGUUAGAGACCAAUUGUCGGAGUUGGAUCUCGAGCUGUCUGAAGGUGACAUCACGCAGAAGGGCUAUGAGAAGAAGAGAGCCAAGCUGCUGGCCUCCUACAUCCCCUAUUUGCCAAAUCUGUCUCUGCCAGAUGUACAGCUUUCCCCGGGCCACAGUGCCGACCCCAGUCCGAGUCCUGAGGCCCCGGGCCCCUCCACAUCUUCGGCUUCCAGACACCACCGUGCACACCGCAGUGGAGGGGCCAGGGAUGACCGCUACAGAUCAGACAUCCACACAGAGGCUGUGCAGGCAGCACUGGCCAAACACAAAGAAGAGAAGAUGGCACUGCCCAUGCCAACCAAGAGACGCUCAGCCUUUGUCCAGUCUCCCAUAGAAACCUGCACACCUCCAGACACAUCUUCUGCAUCAGAGGAUGAGGGUUCACUGCGCAGAAAGGCAGCUCUCAGUGCAGUGCUAGCCCAGAGCCUGCAGAGCCCUGAUUACUGGAUCAACCGUUCCGUCCAAAGCUCCUCCACGUCCUCGUCUGCUUCCUCCACCCUCUCCCAUGGAGAGCCCAAGACCCAGCCACAGCCCCAGCCCCAGCCCCAACCCGCUGUUUCCUUGUUGGCUGAUGUACUCGCUCACACACGCAUUGAAAACAGUGUCCCCCCGGAUGUGACAUCCUCCACUCCCCAGGAAACAGGGUCCAGGGUGGACCUGCCUCCGGCAGUAAGGGGCAUGAGCCGUGGACAGAGCCGCUCCAGCAUCCUGGAUACUGCUGACGGAAAAAGAAAAGGCGUUCCUGUCAACAGCAGGGUGUCCACUAAGAUCCAGCAGCUGUUGAACACACUCAAACGGCCGAAGAGACCACCACUCAGCGAAUUCUUCCUCGAUGACUCUGAGGAAAUUGUAGAAGUGCCCCAGCCGGACCCCAACACCCCGAAGCCAGAGGGACGUCAAAUCAUCCCAGUGAAGGGGGAGCCCCUUGGAGUGGUCAGUAACUGGCCUCCUGCCCUGCAGGCUGCCCUGGCACGUUGGGGGGCCACCCAGGCCAAGAGCCCUGCCCUCACUGCUCUGGACGUCACUGGCAAACCCCUCUACACACUCACAUAUGGAAAACUAUGGAGUCGCAGUCUGAAACUGGCCUAUACACUGCUGAAUAAACUGGGCACCAAGACAGAACCUGUCCUACAACCUGGAGAUCGGGUGGCACUGGUGUAUCCCAACAGCGACCCUGGCAUGUUCUGGGUGGCUUUCUAUGGCUGCCUGUUAGCUGAGGUCAUCCCUGUGCCCAUUGAGGUACCUCUGUCACGACAGGAUGCAGGCAGCCUGCAGAUUGGCUUCCUAUUGGGUAGCUGUGGUGUUAGUCUGGCGCUGACCAGUGAGUUGUGUCUCAAAGGACUGCCAAAGACACCAAGCGGAGAAAUCAUCCAGUUCAAAGGAUGGCCAAGGAUGAAAUGGGUAGUGACAGACACCAAGUAUCUGACCAAACCAUCCAAAGACUGGCAGCCUCACAUCCCCACCGCCAACACAGACACCGCCUACAUAGAGUACAAAGCAAGUAAGGAGGGGACAGUGAUGGGAGUUGCUGUGUCCAAGACCUCCAUGCUGACCCACUGUCAAGCCCUGACGCAGGCCUGUAACUACUGUGAAGGUGAGACACUGGUCAAUGUGUUAGAUUGCAAGAAGGAUAUGGGCAUGUGGCAUGGCGUCUUAACGAGUGUCAUGAACAGAAUCCACACCAUCACUGUGCCAUAUGCUGUCAUGAAAGCAUGUCCCAUGUCCUGGGUGCAAAGGGUCCACAUUCACAAAGCACGCGUGGCCUUAGUGAAGUGCCGUGACCUCCACUGGGCCAUGAUGGCCCACAAGGACCAGCGGGACACCAACCUGUCCUCCAUACGUAUGCUUAUUGUGGCUGAUGGAGCAAACCCAUGGUCUGUGUCGUCGUGUGAUGCCUUCCUGAAUGUGUUUCAGUCUCAUGGUCUGAAGCCUGAGGUGAUCUGUCCAUGUGCCACCUCUCCUGAGGCUCUGACUGUGGCCAUACGCAGGCCUGGUGCACGAGGAGCUCCUCUACCAGCCAGGGCCAUACUGUCCAUGGGCGGGCUGAGCCACGGAGUGAUCAGGGUGAACACAGAAGACAAGAACUCUGCUCUCACUGUUCAGGAUGUGGGCCACAUCAUGCCUGGAGCUCUGAUGUGCAUUGUGAAACCGGACGGGCCUCCUCAGCUGUGCAAGACAGAUGAAAUAGGAGAGAUUGUGAUCAACUCUCGGGCUGGAGGCACCAUGUACUACGGCCUUUCUGGUGUCACCAAGAACACAUUUGAGGUGAUUCCCGUCAACCAAGCCGGAGCACCCAUAGGAGAAAUUCCCUUCAGUCGGACUGGUCUGCUUGGAUUUGUAGGACCGGGCAGUCUGGUGUUUGUUGUGGGGAAGAUCGAGGGGCUGCUGAUGGUGAGCGGGCGACGCCACAAUGCUGAUGACCUGGUGGCCACCGCGCUGGCAGUGGAGCCUGUCAAAACAGUUUACAGGGGAAGGAUCGCUGUGUUCUCGGUGACGGUGUUUUAUGAUGAGAGGAUAGUAAUUGUGGCAGAGCAGAGGCCUGACGCCAGUGAGGAAGACAGCUUCCAGUGGAUGAGUCGAGUACUGCAGGCCAUCGACAGCAUCCACCAGGUUGGCCUGUACUGCCUCGCGCUUGUCCCGGCCAACACCCUCCCAAAGACGCCCCUUGGAGGCAUCCACAUCUGUGAAACCAAGCAGAACUUUCUGGAGGGAAACCUGCACCCCUGUAAUAUCCUUCUGUGCCCGCACACCUGUGUUACCAACAUGCCCAAGCCACGCCAGAAACAGCCAGUGGAUGUCGGCCCUGCUUCUAUGCUGGUUGGCAACUUGGUGGCAGGGAAGCGGAUCGCCCAGGCUACAGGCAGAGAGCUGGGUGUGGUGGAGGACCAGGAUCUGAUCCGAAAGCUCUGUAUGUGGCCCACCAUGAUGCACCAGUUUUUGUCUGAAGCUCUGCAAUGGAGAGCUCAAACCGACCCAGACCACGUCCUAUAUGUGCUGCUCAAUGCCAAGGGGGUGGCAGUGUGCACAGCCACUUGUGCUCAGCUGCACAAGAGAGCAGAGAAAAUCACAGCUACCCUUAUGGAGAGAGGAGGCCUCAACACAGGAGACAAUGUGGUGCUGCUUUAUCCCCCAGGUAUUGACCUGAUAGCUGCCUUCUAUGGCUGUCUUUAUGCGGGCGUCAUCCCUGUGACAGUGAGGCCGCCCCAUCCACAGAACCUGGCUGCUACUCUCCCCACUGUCCGCAUGAUCAUCGAUGUGAGCAAAGCAGCCUGCAUCCUUACCACUCAGCCUCUCAUGAGGAUCCUCAGGUCCAGGGAGGCUGCUGCCAGCGUCAACAUCAAGACGUGGCCCACUAUCAUCGAUACAGAUGAUCUUCCCAGAAAGCGGCCUCCGCACAUUUAUAAACCCCCUACAGCUGAGAUGCUGGCCUAUCUGGACUUCAGUGUGUCCACCACAGGCAUGCUGACUGGAGUCAAGAUGUCCCAUGCUGCAGUCAGCACUCUGUGCCGCUCCAUUAAGCUGCAGUGUGAGCUCUACUCAUCACGCCAAAUAGCCAUCUGCCUGGACCCGUACUGUGGUCUGGGCUUCGUCCUGUGGUGCCUCUCCAGUGUUUACUCAGGUCACCAGUCCAUCCUUAUCCCUCCCCUGGAGCUGGAGAGCUCGCUGCCUCUGUGGCUGAGCACGCUCAGUCAGUACAAGAUCAGAGACACCUUCUGCUCCUACUCUGUCAUGGAGCUCUGCACCAAAGGCCUGGGCACCCAGACAGAGAUGCUGAAGGCACGGGGUCUGAAUCUGUCGUGCGUGCGGAGCUGUGUAGUGAUAGCAGAGGAGCGUCCUCGCCUCGCUCUCACGCAGUCCUUCUCCAAGCUCUUCAAAGAUCUUGGCUUGUCACCGCGCGCCGUCAGCACCGCCUUCGGCUCCAGGGUCAACCUGGCCAUUUGCCUGCAGGGCACUGCUGGACCAGACCCCUCCACGGUCUACGUUGACAUGAAGUCUCUGCGCCACGACAGGGUGAGGCUGGUAGAACGAGGAGCGCCACAGAGUAUUCCACUCAUGGAGUCUGGCACUAUCCUACCAGGAGUGAGGGUCAUCAUAGUCAACCCGGAGACCAGAGGCCCACUGGGAGAUUCACAUCUUGGGGAGAUCUGGGUGAACAGCCCCCACAGUGCCAGUGGCUACUACACCAUCUAUGGGGAGGAGAGUCUGCAGGCGGAUCAUUUCAACACAAGACUCAGCUUUGGGGAGCCUCACACUCUUUGGGCCAGGACGGGCUACCUGGGCUUCAUCAAGAGGACUGAGCUCCUGGAUGCAAGCGGAGAUCGUCAUGAUGCCUUGUUUGUGGUGGGCUCUCUUGAUGAAACGUUGGAGUUGAGGGGGCUACGCUAUCACCCCAUAGACAUCGAGACGUCUGUGUCCCGAGCCCACCGCUGCAUUGCAGAAAGUGCUGUGUUUACAUGGACCAACCUGCUGGUGGUGGUGGCGGAGCUGAGCGGCUCGGAGCAGGAGGCCUUGGACCUGGUGCCCCUCGUCACUAACGUGGUCCUGGAGGAGCACCACCUCAUCGUCGGGGUGGUGGUCAUCGUGGACCCCGGGGUGAUCCCCAUCAACUCCAGAGGAGAGAAGCAGAGGAUGCACCUGCGAGACUCCUUCCUGGCAGACCAACUGGACCCCAUCUAUGUGGCCUACAACAUGUGAUUCACCAACUGAUGAGAAUGCAGAAAACUGAGCCAGGCUCUGGGAAUAGACGUGAGGGAGACGGACUUGGGGCGUGCGUUCAGUAGCAACCCCGAUGUUUAAGCUCAGAUACAUGUUCAGAACACCAAACAAUGUGAGAAGAGCGCUUCCCUCUCAGAAACUGUUUCUUCUUUGCUUCCACCUGCUCAAUCGCUGCAGUCCAGGUUCACUGAGAUCUACUGAGUGGGACGGUUAUUUUCUCUCGUCUUGAUAGUAGAUCCACCUGUCAUAUGGAGGAAAUAUGAUGUUGAUCCUCUCCAUGCAUCCCACUUCUCCUUCAUAGCUCCAAUUCAUGUUUUUAAAGACAUUUUUAAUUACAUGAUUCAUCAUCAAAAAAAAAGAAAUCCUCCCCUCCUUCCAUUCCUUGGUUGGAUAUAUCCUGAACCACUCAUCCUCGUGUGCUUCUUUUUUUUUUUUUUAACCCCAUCGAUUUUUGAAGGCGGGAUGGCGCACUAGAACUGCUGAGAGGAGCUUGAACUUUCACCCUCUUGCACUUUUAGGCCUUGCACCUCUGAGGCGCUUCCUGCCUACCCUGCCUCAAGGGGGACACCCCCCAUGUUUGCUGCUUUCAUUAAAGCAAAUCCACAUCAGUAUUCAAAAGUGCUACCAGCGAGUACAGAUUACCUUCUUCUACCAGGUGCACCUCGGCUCUCACCUCCCAUCACAUGGAUUUGCCUGCAGACAUGCUGUCGGCAUUCAUGCGUUACAAAAUGUCCUAAAAAAAUACACUCAAAUUAUUUGUUGGUGUGGGGAAUGAAAGACUUUGCUUCUUAAACAUAAAAACCUGGAUAUUAAAGAUGAUCAUUGACGGGCGGAAACACAGAUUCAUUUUUCGGUGCAAGUUGGUCCGUUAGUUAGUCCUUAUGUUUGUAAAGUACUAAUACAUUUUUAAAAGCACAGAUUUUCUGAAGAAGAGUUGAAGCGAUUACUGGUGUUUAAGUAUGCAUGCUAAUUUGGAAUGCAAUCAAUAUCAACAUGCAGGCAAAAAAAUAAAGGAUAAUUUACCAGUUUAAUGGCUUGAACUGAAGCGAGCUGCUAGCUUUCAGUCUGCCUGUAGUGUCCCACGUUAAAGCAAAGAGCAUCUUUCACUUAAUGUUAGCGUUACAGUCGGUUAGAUAAACAUAGAUCAUCAGAAGGCAAGUCAGUGACUUUUAGCGCACCAUGGUGACAUUUAUGAUUAUGGACUUUUGAAUUUCUUAAAAGAUAUCAAGAACGAGGACAUAACUUUGCCUUACUAAACCUUUGGAACGUCAGUACUUUUUAUGCUCAAUCCCUCAUUUCUAGCUGUACUAUUAGUGUAUGUAAGGGACUAUUCCACUUUUUUCAUACGUGGAAUCAGAAGCCAGUUUAUAACUCAAUAGACACUCUUAUAUCAUUUUUUAGAAGAAGGGGGGGUGUCUCAUUCUUUUUGCGAAGACGUUUGCGGUCAUGCCUUUGUCAUUUCAUCAUUAACAUUUAAACCAAUUCUUUCUGAAUGUCUGUAACACUGAAAAAGAAUUAAAUUAGGAAUGACCAACACUCCGUAAGCAACCCGUGAUUAAAAAAUGGCAGAAUCCUCCUUUAUAAAAAUGGAGGUAAUAAAUGAGGGUCAGGAUGUUGUCUGUAUACUGUAUUUUAGAGGUCAAAUAUUACUGGUGUUAAUGUGUAACUUUGUCGAUAAAAACUUGACUGAUCUUUCAUACUUGACAGCAUUUUUCUGCAUUGUUAAUUUAAUGGUAUCACAUUGCAAAAGAGAAAAAAAGUUUCAGAUUGUUUUGGCAGUAACAAUGUGCACUUUCCCAAUAUCGUGUGUGUGUGUGUGUGUGUGUGUGUGUGUGUGUGUGUGUGUGUGUGUGUGUGAGUGAGAGAGAGUGUGUGCGUGCGUGCGUGCAUGCGUCCAGUUUAACGGUGAUGUUUGGCUUUUCUGGUGCAACAAGGUUUGUCUUUUUUAAGAAAAUUAUCCCAGAAUAUUGAACCAUUUUUUUUACAUUUCUUUUAUGUCGCCGCCACUGUAUUUUAAGUCUUUCCAUUCAAGAUCAGAAUCAGAUAUGUUUUAUAGGGGUUUCAUUAAUAUUUUCCUGAUAUCUUUCUUUAAAACUGCUCAACUUCUGCAAAGAGCUGUUUUGAUUUCGAAGCAGCUUGACUUACAGCACAUCACGUCAAUAAACCACUUUUCAUUCAGUGACAGACACUGAUGACAUGUAUGCGAGCCAGUAUCUGGGGCACGUUGGAGUUACUCAUAAAUAACAAAGUGAAGCUUCUGAGCUGCUGUGUGACAAUUGCUUUAUUGCUACUGUUUGACUCCAACGAGUUUUAAUAAAGUUUUAUAAUGUCAUGUUGGCCUUCAAGCCUUUUCAAUAGACAUUGGUGCUAUUCAAUAAGGGAAAGUUGACAGACUUUUGUCCUCCAAUGUCAUAACAAAGAAGGUUUAUUCAUGGAUGCCCUUUUUGUGUGAAAAUAAGUCAUUCUUUUUCCAAGCCAACAUUUCACUCACUGCUCGGUUCUAAAAUUGGUCAUCAUCGCCAGUUUUCAUCAGCUCUGAGACUUGAUGAAAACCUUCUCAACAGGCAACUUAACAUGGACAAUGCAACUCGACAUAUCCUACCAUUUCCAUUUUAAUAUUUAUUUCAGUUUUCAAGUUGUCGUGUUGUGAGGAAUGACGUACAUUUCAAACCUCCAAAGUGAUUAUUCUAAGCACAAAAUGUAAAUGUACAUGUGAGGUAAUGAAAUUAGGAUAUUUCACACAAAAAAAAAAAAACUCAAGGGCCCACAAUGUAUACCUCAACGACUGUCUGUUCACUAUGCAUCGUCGAGCUACAGCAAAGACAUUCUGAACUAGUCAAUGGUGCGAUAACUUCUAACAUGUCUUACUUGACAAAAAACACUGUCACACUGUCAUUGGAUGUGUUUCAUGUCAAAUAAUUAAAA